UACCGGGGAGUGCUCGCACCGGAAUAGUCUGAACUGUGAGCAUUCAACAUGACUGAAAGCUCUACGAUCAUGCUGUUAAAUGGGGAGAAUUGUCUCCGGGCAGUAAACGGUAGAAAAACAGACAAGAACGGUUUCGUAAAAAACCAUUGCCUCUUUCAACAACAGCAGCAGAAGUAUCGCCGCCCGAAAGAGAAGGUUUGUCAGACUGCUGUACGCAAUGGAGGACUGUACAAAAAGCCAUUUGUUGAGUCGUUUGAGGAGACCCCCCUGCUUGUGGCUGUCCUCACAUACAUGGGUUAUGGGAUCCUCACCAUAUUUGGAUACCUCCGGGACUUCCUCAGGAACUGGAAGUUUGAGAAAUGUCAUGUUGCCACGGAGAGAGAGGAGCAAAAGGAUUUUGUGCCACUCUACCAGGAUUUUGAGAACUUUUACACGAGGAAUCUGUACAUGAGGAUCCGAGAUAAUUGGAACAGGCCCAUAUGCAGUGUGCCAGGGGCUAAAAUGGAUUUAGUGGAGCGUGCCACUCACGACUACAACUGGACCUUUGAACACACUGGGAAGGUUGUAAAGGAUGUCAUCAACAUGGGCUCUUAUAACUAUCUGGGUUUUGCUGAGAACACUGGCCUGUGUGCUGAUGCUGCUACUGAAUGCACUGUGAAGUACGGGGUGGCAGUGUGUAGUUCCAGACAUGAGAUGGGUAACUUCGACAUUCACGAGGAGCUUGAGCAGUUAGUGGCCAGAUUCCUUGGUGUCGAGUCUGCCAUGACGUUUGGGAUGGGCUUUGCCACAAACUCAAUGAAUAUUCCAGCUCUCGCAGGCAAAGGCUGUCUGAUUUUGAGUGACGAGCUGAACCACGCCUCUCUAGUGCUGGGAGCAAGGCUGUCAGGGUCCACCAUCCGUGUUUUCAAACACAACAAUAUGCAAAGUCUGGAGAAACUGCUGCGAGAUGCCAUUGUCCACGGCCAACCCAGAACCCACCGACCAUGGAAGAAGAUCCUCAUCUUGGUGGAGGGAAUCUACAGUAUGGAAGGCUCCAUUGUGCGUCUGCCUGAGGUCAUUGCUCUGAAGAAGAAGUACAAGGCUUACCUGUAUCUGGACGAAGCCCACAGUAUUGGCGCUCUGGGACCAGGUGGCAGGGGAGUGGUCGACUAUUUCGGUCUGGACCCCCGUGAUGUGGAUAUCAUGAUGGGGACGUUUACCAAGAGUUUUGGUGCUGCCGGCGGUUACAUCGGCGGAAAGAAAGAGUUGAUUGACUACCUACGCACACACUCUCACAGCACUGUUUACGCCACUUCGAUGUCGCCGCCAGUCGCCCAACAGAUCAUCACUUCCAUGAGGUGCAUUAUGGGGGAAGAUGGCACCACACUCGGUCAGGAACGGCUUCGCAAACUUUCGGAGAACACGACCUACUUCCGGAAGAGACUGCGGGACAUGGGAUUCAUCAUCUACGGGAACAACGACUCUCCCGUCGUUCCUCUGAUGCUUUACAUGCCCGCCAAGAUUGGGGCCUUUGGGAGAGAGAUGCUGAAGAGGAACAUUGGCACGGUGGUGGUCGGAUUCCCCGCCACACCCAUUAUUGAGUCCAGAGCACGCUUCUGUGUGUCGGCCGCUCACACCAGAGAGAUGCUGGACACGGCACUAAAUGCCAUCAGUGAAGUUGGGGAUCUGCUUCAGUUGAAGUACUCCCGUCACAGAAUUCCGACCUCAUAGGAAACCUCGCCCUACCCGUAGAGCCAAGACUGACCGUGUCACCAGAACGAGUAUGUGCACUGACUGAUAACGCCUGGCGUCCCCUUGGAGACCACUCGACAUCCCUGCCCAUUCGCUUUCUCUGCAGCCCGACCAUAUCCGCGACCACGGUUGGACUGCUCAUUGCAACGUCCACUUUGUUUUUAUUCUU